AAGUGGAAUUAAAAGGGUAAAAACAAAGACAGUAAAAAUAUGUUAGUCCUCCAUAAUUCAUUUUUUUCUUUGUUAUUCAUGUAAAAGUGGAAAAGUUUUCCCUUUUGUCUCAUUUUUUUAUUUACAGUACAGUUGUAAUUAAUGUACCAUCCUAUCUCUUUCUCCAUUAUUGAUUUUGGUCAAGAAUCUCAAGAUGUAUGUUUUAGUAUGAGCUUUGCUAUCUAAGAGUGGACUUAGAUGAUAGUGAGCCUGGUGACAUUGAGGAUUAAGCCAAUCCCUUGGGAAGUGCUAGGAUAUCAAGACUAAUAACCCCUCGCGUUUUAAAAGAUUCUUAUAGUGCAAUAAAAAGUAGAAUUUGUUUUUGGUUCAAUGUCAAUUUUUCAUUCACAAAAGAUGAAUACAGAGCUUUUGACCUCAGUUCAUUUUCAACCACAGAAACUAUAUAUGAAAUGAUAGAACACGUCUAUAUAUGGAUCCUAUGUACGCUACUAUCUUUUCCACCAAAUAGAAUUUAGAUCAAACAAGUUUGGCGAAUACUGCACGCCCUUGCUUUAGCAAUUUAUAUUAAUAUAUUAACUCCUUAGUCACGUGUUUAAAUCACCACCAAGGCAUUACCCAUUACUCUAAAACACUUUCAACAAGUCUAAACUGAACCUUUGAAUAUCCAACUUAUUUAGUUAUAGAAAAGAAAACAAAAUCAUUUAGUUAUUAUCUCAGUUAAGUCUAUUAAACAACUUUUUCAUGCUGAUCUUAUUGAGGUUUAGAACAUCUCCAAAAGUCCACAUAUUUUAAGAGCAUAUUUAAUGGGUUUUUUAGAGUGAGAUUUUUAACGAAAUAUAAGAAUUCCACUCUAAAAACUCCUCAUUAAACAUGCUCUAAAAUUUGGCAAAACAUUAAAUGUAAGGUUUGGGAAGGGGGGAGGGCAGGGUAUUUGUUUACAAAAGCAAAACCUUAUAUUAAACCUAAAAACUUUUAUAUUAUACAUAAAAUUCUUUAUAUUUAACAAAACAAAACUUAACCAAAUAAGUGAUCAUUUGUCACAAACAUGCUUUUAAUACUCACACCAAGUUUACACAAUCCAUUCUAACUGAAUUUCAAAACAAAUUCAUAACUCCUCAUACGUAGCUAUCUCAAACACAAUCCAUAACUAUAUAUUAAAUGGAACUUAUGUGAUAUAUUUUCUAUAAUAUCCUUUCAUAAACUAGGGAAAAGUUCAUAAACAAGUAGUCGAAAAAGGGUUACAAAAUAGUUUAUCCGGCGAUAAUGAUCACAUGGCACGACCUCUACACGGUCCUCACUGCGGUAAUCCCACUCUACUUCGCUAUGAUCCUCGCUUAUGGCUCCGUCCGGUGGUGGAAAAUCUUCUCACCGGACCAAUGCUCCGGAAUCAACCGCUUCGUCGCCAUAUUCGCCGUCCCUCUCCUCUCCUUCCACUUCAUCUCCACCAACAACCCUUACGCCAUAAAUCUCCGUUUCAUCGCCGCAGACACUCUCCAGAAACUAAUCAUGCUCACUCUUCUAACCCUAUGGGCUAACUUCACUCACUCAGGUAGUCUCGAAUGGAGCAUCACCAUCUUCUCCCUCUCCACGCUUCCCGACACGCUCGUGAUGGGUAUCCCCCUGUUAACCGCCAUGUACGGCGAGUACUCCUGCUCGCUCAUGGUUCAGGUCGUCGUUCUCCAGUGUAUAGUCUGGUAUACAAUUCUCCUCUUCUUAUUCGAGUACAGAGGAGCGAAGAUUUUGAUCAUGGAGCAGUUCCCGGAGACGGCUGCUUCUAUCGUCUCUUUCAAAGUCCAUUCCGACGUCGUUUCGUUGGACGGGAACGAUCUACUUGAAACGGACGCUGAGAUAGGAGGUGAUGGGAAGUUACACGUCACGGUGAGGAAGUCAAACGCUUCCCGGAGAUUUUUAUGUUGUCCAAGUAUGACUCCACGUCCGUCUAACAUCACCGGAGCUGAGAUUUACAGCCUUGACACGACUCCAAGAGGUUCCAACUUUAAUCAGUCGGACUCCUAUUCAGUGAUGGGGUUUUCCGGUGGCCGUCUCUCAAACUUUGGUCAGUCGUCUAGGGGUCAAACUCCUGGGCCUUCAAAUUUCGAGGUGAGUUGUGGUAUGGCUUCGUCUCCUGGGUUAGGGUAUGACCCGGGUACUUCCGGGUCAUACCUAGCCCUGAAUGCGGAGUUCUCCUCCUUAGUUGCUAACAAAACGGUUAGCAAAAACCAUCAUACAAGAGGAAAGUCUAGUAGUAGUCAUGAUGCUAAGGAGCUCCAUAUGUUUGUUUGGGGCUCCAACGGAGGAUCCGAUCAGGGAGCAAAAGAGAUCCGAAUGAUAGUCCCUGAACCUCCUCAAAAAGCAGAAACAAAAGUGACAGCUACUGGUCCGAGGAAUAUAGACUUUGGCGGUGAAGAAGAGUCGGAGAGAGUGAAGGAAGUGGCAGCCGGACGAAACAAGCUUCAGUGUAACUCCAUGGCGGAGCUAAACCCUAAAGAAGCGGUGGAAACCGUACCAGUAAAACAUAUGCCGCCGGCGAGUGUGAUGACUAGGUUGAUAGUAAAAAUGGUGUGGAGGAAACUCACCAGGAACCCUAACACUUAUUCCAGUCUCAUUGGUCUCAUAUGGGCUCUCGUUGCUUUCCGGUGGAAUGUGGCAAUGCCUAGAAUCAUUCAGCAAUCAAUCUCAAUCCUCUCUGAUGCUGGUCUUGGUAUGGCAAUGUUCAGUUUGGGGUUGUUCAUGGCAUUGGAACCUAAAUUAAUCGCUUGCGGAAACUCUACUGCAACUUUUGCAAUGGCUGUGAGAUUCUUGACAGGACCAGCAGUAAUGGCCGUUGCUGCCAUGGCUAUUGGAUUACGCGGAGAUCUAUUACGUGUGGCCAUAGUUCAAGCUGCAUUGCCUCAAGGAAUCAUGCCGUUUGUGUUUGCAAAAGAAUACAAUGUUCAUCCGGCAAUCUUAAGUACAGGGGUAAUAUUUGGAAUGCUUAUUGCACUACCGAUCACACUUGUUUACUACAUUCUACUUGGGCUAUAAAGCUCUGUCAUGGAGAGGUUUGCUUCAGAAAAACAAGAGAAUUCCAAAUUUCGUUGAAUAAAAGAGAAUGUAACACGAGGUUUAGUAGAGUUAGUGACCAAUAUUUGAAUUGAGGAUUAAAAGCUCUUUUCUUUCCAGUAUUUUCCUAGAGAUUAGAAGAGGAUGACAAUGAUAGAGACAAGAAGCGGAAAACAAGGGCAACAAGACAAAACAACCAACAAAAGAAAAAGCGUCGGACUAUAUAUAUCUGAUUUUGCGUUUUUACGGAGCGUGAAGGUUGUUUUUGUAUACUAUCAUUUCUCUUUUUCUUUUUAUUGGAACAAUUUCUCAUUGUGUAUUCGUUGUUGUUCCUAAAGAAGACAAUUUGAACUAUCAUUAUUUUUUUUUGAAUGAACGUUAAUUAUAUUCAAGACAAAAAAAUUAUUUUGCAUCUAGUGCUACAUCUAUAGAACUUUUAAAGAAUGAAAGAAAUUGGUUGGAAAAAUCAUCUAGCGCAAUUUUCUCUUUUCUUGCUUUCUCGUUUCCUUGCUUUUUUAAUACUCAGUGCUGGUAGAAGAUAAGACGUUAACACCAUAAUUAACUCCAGUAUUUUAAGUGGGUUUUUUAACUUCGGGUAAAGCUAAGAAUUAUUUCUUAGAUUUUAACUAAGAAAAACUAAAAAUUAUUUCUUAAAUAAAAGAUAUAAAAACUGUUUCAUAGUUGAAAAGUAUAAAAAAAGUGUCAAAUCAUGAGUUAAGAACUCCGACUAAAAGACCGAAGUUAAUCAUGCUCUAAGACUCUCGUCAUACUUCUUGUCUCCUAACUGUCGAAUGUCAGAUAGUCUGUUCCUCAUUGUUUUAUCCAAGAUCUUGGUAAGCCUCAUUGGCGGUUAUACUUAACAUUUUCUAUUGACAUGUGUUUUGAACCGUGACGGCUUAGACAGCGAUAACAUACAGCCACCUCAAAAGUAGUUUACUAGGUUUUGUUUAAUGUUUGUUUCUAACGACCAUUAUGGUAUUGUGUUAGUAAGAAUAUAAUGAAGAAAAAUCAAUCUGAAAUAUGAAAUAGCGAGAUUGUAGUUUAUUGAUUUUUUUUUAUUGUCACGUAAUUUGAACUAGAUUUUCACCCGCACAACCGUGCGGAUAUAUAUUUUCACAUUUAUAUAUAUAGAUAUUUGUUUUACAUAAUUACUAUAUAUUUUUAAUGUUACUUA